GGCGCCCCUGGACGCCCUCCCGGCGCCGAGCCCCCCGCGGACACGUGCCCGGGCUCUGGACGCAGCUGACAGCCCCCGACCCCGCGCGGGACCACGAUGCUCAUGAGGAAAGUGCCCGGCUUCGUCCCGGCCUCCCCGUGGGGGCUGCCCGGCGCGGGCCGGGAGGUGAGGGCUGAAGUCCCCGCCCCCCCUGCGGCUCGCGAGCAGAAGCCGCCUCCUAACCCGGCCCCCGCCGCACCGGCCCCGGGCGAGGACGACCCCAACAGCCGGGCCAGUCCCCGCCGCAAGAAGGGAUGGCCGCGACGCAUCCGCCCCCAGGGGCCCCGGGAAGAGGCCACCGUGGCCCGGAGCUCCCGGGACCAGAGCGUCCCGUUCAACUUUGACUUCAACGCGUUCCGGAGUCGCCUCCGCCAUCCGGUCCUGGGGACGAGGGCCGAUGAGACUAAGGAGCCCCAGAGCCAAGUGCGAGCCCAGAGGGAGAAAAUCAAGGAGAUGAUGCGCUUUGCCUGGCAGAGCUACGCGCGCUACGCCAUGGGGAAGAACGAGCUCCGCCCCCUGACCAAGGACGGCUACGAGGGCAGCAUGUUCGGAGGCCUCAGCGGGGCGACUGUCAUUGACUCCCUCGACACCCUCUACCUCAUGGAGCUGAAGGAGGAGUUCCAGGAGGCCCAGGCCUGGGUGGAAGAGAGCUUUCACCUGAACGUGAGCGGAGAAGCAUCCUUGUUUGAGGUGAACAUCCGCUACAUCGGGGGCCUCCUCUCGGCCUACUACCUGACGGGAGAAGAGGUAUUCCGAAUAAAGGCCGUCAAGCUGGGAGAGAAACUGCUGCCGGCCUUCAACACGCCCACAGGGAUCCCGAAGAGCGUGGUGAACUUCAAAAGUGGGAGCUGGGGCUGGACCACAGCGGGCAGCAGCAGCGUCCUGGCGGAGUUCGGGUCGCUGCAUUUGGAGUUCCUGCACCUCACCGAGCUCUCCGGCAACCAGGUCUUCGCAGAGAAGGUCAGGAACAUCCGCCAGGUUCUGCGGAAGAUCGAGAAGCCCUUCGGCCUCUACCCCAACUUCCUCAGCCCAGUGAGCGGGAACUGGGUGCAGCACCACGUCUCGGUUGGAGGACUCGGGGACAGUUUUUAUGAAUAUUUGAUCAAAUCCUGGUUGAUGUCGGCCAAGACAGAUAUGGAGGCUAAAAAUAUGUACUACGAAGCCCUGGAGGCCAUAGAGACCUACUUGCUGAACGUCUCUCCGGGGGGCCUGACCUACAUUGCCGAGUGGCGAGGGGGCAUCCUGGACCACAAGAUGGGGCACCUGGCCUGUUUCUCCGGGGGCAUGAUUGCCCUGGGCGCUGAGGAUGCCAAGGAAGAGAAGAGAGCCCACUACCGCGAGCUCGCAGCCCAGAUCACCAAGACGUGCCACGAGUCCUACGCCCGCUCAGACACCAAGCUGGGGCCCGAGGCCUUCUGGUUUAACUCCGGCAGAGAGGCGGUGGCCACGCAGCUGAGCGAGAGCUACUACAUCCUGCGGCCCGAGGUGGUGGAGAGCUACAUGUACCUGUGGCGGCAGACGCACGACCCCAUCUACAGGGAGUGGGGCUGGGAGGUGGUGAUGGCCCUGGAGACGCACUGCCGGACGGAGGCCGGCUUCUCGGGGAUCCAGGACGUGUACAGCAGCCUCCCCAACCACGACAACAAGCAGCAGAGUUUCUUCCUGGCGGAAACGCUGAAGUAUCUCUAUCUUCUGUUCUCUGAAGAUGACGUUCUCUCCCUGGAAGACUGGGUGUUCAAUACCGAGGCCCACCCGCUCCCGAUAAACCACUCAGACAGCUCCGGCAGGGCCUGGCCCCGACACUGACAUCCGGCCACCCCAGCCCGGCCCGCGGGGAGGCCUUGACUUCUGAGGGACCAGGACCGCUCCCAAAGGGAUUGGGAGCAGGGGCCGCGGCCCGGACCUGUCGGACAGGCGACUUCUUUUCCUCCGUGAGGAAACAGGACGUGGAGACACAGUGAUGUCAGACACGGGCCACGGCAACGCCGGGCCCAGGCCCUCCUUCCUCUGGAGAAUUUCUAUGAAACCCACACUCACCAUCCCAGCCCAGGGGACAGGAGCUUUGCACAGCGACCCUGCAUCUGACUCAGUUCCUCCAGGUUUUCUGGGGGUUUUGCUUGAUUUUGCCUUUCUCUACAGUUGAGUUUUAUCAUAAUUAUAAAUCUAGUUUUCAGAAUCAUGCGCUUUCUAGAACGGUGUCAUCCUGAGAAGCGAGACCUUGGUUGGUUGCACACGCGGAAUCUGCCCCGUCACCUCUACUUUAAAUGCCUUUACCCACAUCCACUCUCCGUCCAACUGCCAUCAUCCCCUGCCAUUUCAGGAGGGGCUCCCCUUUGGUUUGGGCCUACGUGUCACAAAUCACUAGUGCUAUUUUCAUUAUUGUAAUGGAAAAAUCUGUAAACUAGAAUAAAAGACUUUAUUGAAUAAGAAA